UUUUAUUUCAAAAUAGGGACGAUAAAUUCGAAUAAUAUCGACCUUUUAAAUUCCCCGAGUGAUUCCCAUCCACCUAGACAUGAUUAUUAAUUUAUUCAAGAAACAAUAAUACAGAAAAAAAUAAAUGUAAUAUCCCAUUUGUUUCUCAGGGUAAUAAUUCCCUGUUGAGAUCAAUACGCGACAUCUCAAGCGGCCAUUGCCACUACAUGGACCUACAGUGUCUGCUUUCACUCAUACAUGAAUAUGAUUCCCGUAUACAUCAUUAAAUGUACAGUUCAUACAUUCCAUACAGUCAUACCCACUCGUCUGCACUCACCCAUACCCAAUCGGCUUCCCACCCUUCACUCGCUCCGGUUCACAUCAGCCCAAAAAACAAAGCAAAAUAAAACUCAGAUAAAAAAAAAUCCAAUCAACAUCUCGCUCCGAUCUUUAUCAACACCUUCCGGAGUGAUUCAAUACCAGGCAACAAUUUCUCCGAAAGAUCUGUUAUCGUCGAUAUCGGAGCCCAGAAAACCUCUUAUCUCGAAAUUCCCUGUUUCUAAUAUUUUUAAGAUAAAAAAUGAAAAAUUUUCAAAACUUCUCUCCCCUCCCUUUCACCUAACCCCCUUCCACAGCCCCAGGUGUCUGAGUCCCCCCUCAAGGUUACAUGUGAUGUGAUUGCACAAUUCUUCAGCCACCGUUAUUAUCUAGCACGAAGUGUUGUGCUCCGGAGUGAUAUUAAACUCAGUAGUUACACGAAAAUUCAACUAGAACUCCAGGCGUCGUAUUGAGAGUUGAACUAAAAUGCAUUGUAGCUUCAGUGAAAUUACACUGGGCAGUAUGAGUUAAUAGUCUGAUGAGUAAUUGAAAAUUAUUUAAAUUUGAAUUGUGGGAGGAGGAGGGAAAGCCCCUGGUGAAUCAUAGCUAAUUCUUUAUUCCUUUAAACACACAACUAUGAGGUGCUCCAUCAUUAUCACGGGUUUCAUAACUGAAAAGUGAAUUGAAUAUAAACGUUAUAAAGCCCUCCGAAAGUAUUUCGAUUUUUUUUAACAAAAUUUAUUUGAAGUGUGAAAUAAAUAUAAAAUUGAAAAGCCACUGGACGAGUGAAAACAUUUGAAAAAAUUGAUGUUAUUUCAAGCAUAAGACAAAUGAACCGAAGAAUUGUCAUGAAUUGAUGACUAGCUGUUCCUCGGAUCAAGCAAUGAUUGAGUGAAGUCAAUUGAUGGGAAAAAUGUACGUUUUACUGCGGAUAAAUCGAUGAUGAGAGAUAAGACACUGACAGUGAGUCAUGAUAACGUGAUUAGGCGUUAGAGGAUUUAAAUUGGCGAAUUGGAGAUUUUGAAGAGGAAAACAAUGGCUAUGACGAUGGAGGCCAUCUGCGAGAGGAAGCCAACGAGGUGUUUAAAAGUACCGUUGAAGUCAACGGAGCAGAUUUAUCUUGUUUUCCUUAUACCUGUGGUUAUGGGCUGUUGCAUCUACAUGGUGCAUUUUGCUGCUGAUGUAGUUGUGGCUGUGCAGCAUUUCAGGGAGGGAAAUCCAAUAUGGGGUGGCUGCACACUGGGGCUGAUCUAUGCACCUGCUGUAGCGUAUUUUAUUCUCACAGUCUCCAGACCUGACUGGUGGAUGACUGAAGAUCAGAAGCUAUCUCGCAAUGUUGUGACGUGGUUUGUCAUUCAAAUCAUACAGAUGAUUGCAUUCCCGCUAUUUGCAUUGUACAGAUUCGCAGGUCAAAUUGUCGUAAUCGUUGACGCAAUCCUUCUAAGUGGUAUAGAGAGAAGAAAAUCUCUCAACGUGGCAGCAGCUCCAGCGGCAAUAGAACUUUAUUUCUUCCUGCAAGCAUGGUUCCAGGCAGCUCCUCAGGCUAUACUUCAAAUUCAUUUAUUAUUCCGCGAGAGAACUGCCGAUCGCACUUAUCAAUCAGUUUCAGUCCACAUCUUAUGCAUCCUGGUGUCGAUAAUCGUCUUGGCAGUGCAAACCGCGUCUUUCCAAAGAUUUGAGAGCCAACGAAUAAAUGGGAGAAAGUUGCCCUGGGCCAUGUGGCUGAAGAAAUACAGAGCGCAAGAGCUCGGAGACCUCGAUGAGAAGAAACCCCUGAAGCCGGAGGUCUCGAUCGUCUCCUCACAGACAACGGCGUCUCCCCAAUCCCAAGAGACUGAGACACCACGUGUUGUCCUCGAACGUCAGAUCUCCUUAACUCCUCCCCUCCCACCAAAGAAUGCUCAGAUGAUUCCACCACCUGCUCCUCUCCGUGGUAUCACAACAGUGACUCCUCUGCCAGUGCCAGAUAUGCCAGCACCACCACGUCCAGACUCAGUGAUACGAGAAUCAAUCGAGACCGACGUCGAGGCCCCGGGGAGAUCGACCGAGAGAAUCGUAACGAUUGAGAAUAACGAUUCAAACUCCUCGACUCGCUGGAAAGGACUGAAACUGCCGAAACGAAUUUACUCGGUGAAAGCCAUCGAGGAGGAUGAUCCUGUCGGCACAUUCAUCGCUUUUCUCUGGUGGUUCUUCUUCAUCGUCGCCAGGGUCUUCUCUAUCGCAAUUUUCUACGAAUUUUAUCCAAUUGCUUUGGCGGGUGUUAUUGGCGUCCACUACAUCGUCAUGAUCAUUUAUUUAUUUAUUCAUUCGAAAGACCAUGAUGUCACGACGUUUUUCGUCAACCUCUGGCUAGGGUUGGUCUACAUCUGCAGUCUCAUUGAGUAUCGGGUGAAAUUCAAACACCCUGAGAAGUGGUUGUGGUUUUACUGUGCCUUCGUUAUGGCACAGAAUACCGCCAUGACCGCCACAUGGUUCGCCCUUGUCGACUGGGAUGGCUUCUGGUACUCUUAUAUUUUUUACGCUAUUUUUGGAUCCAUCGGGCUUUGCAUCAUCUCUGGUUCUGUUUAUUAUGUGCUAUUUAAACCUGGUAAACGGCGAGUUUAUGCUAGUUAGGUUUUCGAGUGAGAGAUAAUUACUGCAGGAGAUGGAUAAUUUUUUUUUUUGAUUGAAAUUGAAUUACGUUUCUUGUAAUUGAGGAAUUGUCUUAAGGAAAUGUUGACGGAAAUUCUUUGUAAGUUACGAAUAUCUUCUUUGAUAUUUUAUGUAAGUAUUAUGAGCUUUUCAGAAACUUUAUAAUUGAGAUAAAGCUGCAAAAGGAUUUUUUCACAAUUCGCUCAUGAAUUGCUCGAUUUCGUGAUAUAAUAACAUAAUUGAGGAAUUUAAACAAAAUUAGGACGAAAUUUUCCACCAGAAUAGUUUUGGCCAAUGAUCAAUUAUUCAUAGAAUAAUUAUAUCAUUAAUAUCUUCAUUGAAAAAUUGCAUUUGGUACGAGUGUCACUGAUAAAUCUGAUGAGAAGAAAAUAUCGAUUAGUCAGCCUGAUCCAUAAAUUUCCCAGAAUUGAAAUAAUUAAAGUAAAUAAAGAUAAGGACUGAUUAUUAGAAUAAUCACACAUGCACACUUGAAAGUCAUAUCUACUAUUGUAAAGGUGUGGUAAUUAUUUCAUUAUCGACUUGACGUGCUAACAAUUAGCAUCGUUUUAUUUAGUGCAAUUUUUUAACGCAUAAUAUGCUAGAACGAAAAC